AUGCGCGAUGGGGAAGGAAAGAGGAGAAAGAAAGGAUCUGACUCGACUCUGGCUUUGGGGGGGGGCGCGCGCACUUUUGUCUCCACUUCAAACCACGAGCUGGUAGGUCGCGCGGCUGCCUCCGAGGGCUUCGAGAUGUGGAGAAACACGCGACGCUUGUCAAACCCUAUGCCUGAGAUCGCGGAGGAGGGGAAAUGGAAAAGUGUUAUGUAA